AUGGUGCGAGAUAAGGCUCUGUUUACCCAUGGUAGCGGCGGAGCCUCUGAAUUAGGUGGCAAGGUUUUGAUUGCUUUGGUGCCCAGAAUAAGCAAGGAGAAUGGUUUAUUUAUGGAUUCUAUUUACAGGGUUUUCCGGAAGGAAACAUUGAAUUGGGCAUUGAGAUUAAAAAAAUCUCAAUCCUCCCAUUUAAUUGAAUCUUGCUUUCCUCCAAAGAAUUCUAGGGCUACUGCACGCGGCUCAACUUGUGAAGUAUUAAAUUAUUCUAGUGUUCGUUGUAAUACAGUAGCCAUGGCAGCUUCUGGUACCGUAGCUGCCUCAGGAGAUCUUAUUCUCGAUACUUUAGUCUCAGGUUGUGGGAAUGUCUUAAGUUUUGCAAAGCCUAGUGGUGUCUAUUUUAGUGCUAGGAGCGGUAGGAAUUGCAGGAAGGCUUGUGUGAGCAAAAGAACAGUAGCAGCUAAUGGCCAUAAGGGAGUCCAAGGAUAUUUUAUGUUUGAUCUCACGGAAAGGUCGUGCAUUUCUAAUCCGCCUCUUGCAACAUGGUCAAGUAAUUUCCGUACAUUCUCAUCUUCGUAUUAUUCUGAUGGGACUAUGCCUGAUUUGUCGACUGAUGGAUCUUCGUGUACUGAUGAGCUUAUGAGUCUGGCAAUUUCAGAUGAGAGGGCAUCUGGAGACCGGGUUCGGAAGCUACUUUCCGGAGCAUGUUACCUGCCUCAUCCAGCUAAAGAAGAAACUGGUGGGGAAGAUGCUCAUUUCAUUUGUGUGGAUGAGCAAGUAAUUGGAGUUGCCGAUGGAGUUGGAGGUUGGGCAGAUGUUGGUAUUAAUGCUGGAGAAUAUGCUCGUGAACUCAUGUCUAAUUCUGUGCGAGCAAUUCAAGAUGAAGCUAUUGGUGAUCUUGACCCAUUGCGCGUGUUGGAAAAAGCGCAUGCAAAGACUAAAGCCAUGGGUUCCUCAACAGCCUGCAUUAUUGCCCUCAAAAAUCAGGGUCUAAAUGCUAUCAAUCUUGGAGACAGUGGAUUUAUCGUGGUCAGAGAUGGGCAAACGGUCUUUGAAUCACCUGCGCAACAACAUAGUUUCAAUUUCACAUAUCAACUUGAAAACGACCCUAGGGGUGAUCUACCUAGCUCUGGACAGGUGUUCACAAUUACUGUUGCACCCGGAGAUGUGGUGGUUGCAGGAACUGAUGGCUUGUUUGAUAACUUGUAUAAUAAGGAGAUAGCAGCUGUUGUGGCAGAUGCAACCAAAGAUAGCCUUAGCCCAGAUGCUACAGCACAGAAGAUUGCAGCUUUUGCACGCCUACGAGCUUUGGACAGGAAUCGGCAAACUCCAUUCUCUACUGCAGCACAAGAAGCUGGAUAUUCUUAUUAUGGCGGUAAACUUGAUGACCUCACCGUUGUUGUCUCUUAUGUCUCUGUUUAA